GAAGGAGCCUGGACUGCAGCUCUGUUUUCACAGUCCUUCGCACACAGCAGCCAAAGACACAGCAGAGCCCAUCCUCCCCGAGUAGCUCUUUCAGUUCCACCAGAUGUCAGUUCAUCAGACAUCCUUUAAUCCGAAAAGGUGAACUAAUAGAAAAUGGAAUCACCUCAAACAUGCUAUGAACAGGGUCAUCAAAACCUUGAAGCCAUGAAAGCAGGCAUGUUUCUGCGCAAAGUGAGGUCUCGUAGUUGGAAGCGUCAGCGGCACUACAAACUUCAGGAGGACUGCAAGACUAUCGCAUAUAAAUCCAGCUGGGCACUAAACUCUUAUUCUACCUUCUCCAUCAGUGAUGUGGAGGUUGUUCGUGAGGGACAUCAGUCCGAGGCGCUCCUUAGUGUGGCUGAUGAGUUUCCCGCUGUCCGCUGUUUCACUCUGGUGUUUCGCGGCCGUAGAGGAAACCUGGACCUGGUGGCUGAUUCAGCAAAGGAAGCUCAGGCCUGGAUUCAGGGCAUCAGAGCCCUCAUGGAGAACAUGGAGAACAUGGAUGAGAGCACCAAACUUGACCAAUGGAUCUCAGACUGGUUUUUGAAAGCAGAUCUAAACAAGGAUGGUAGAAUUAAUUUUAAGGAGGCAAAAAAAUUACUGAAAAUUAUGAACGUGGACAUGAAUGAAGAACAUGCAUGCUGUCUUUUUAUGAUGGCAGAUAAGUCUGAGUCAGGAACCCUGGAGGAUCAGGAGUUUGUGGAGUUUUAUAAAAUGCUUACUGAGAGAACAGAGGUGCUGGAUUUAUUCCAGGAUUACUCCAGUGAUGGAAAGAGUCUGUCCCAGUGUGAUCUGGAGGAGUUCCUGAGAGAGGAGCAGCUAGAGGGGGAGGGCAGUUAUGAACACGCCCUUCAGCUGAUUGAUCGCUAUGAGCCUUCAGACACAGCCAGAAUGAAUCACAUGAUGUCAGUCGAUGGGUUACUAAUGUACCUGACGUCUCCUGAGGGAUCCAUCUUCAAUCCAGAGCGGCAGGACCUUUUUCAGGACAUGAGCCAACCUCUCGCCCACUAUUACAUCUCCUCAUCACACAACACUUAUCUGAUGGAGGACCAGCUAAAAGGACCAAGCAGCGUUGAGGCCUACAUCCAGGCACUGAAACGAGGCUGCAGGUGUGUAGAGGUGGACUGCUGGAAUGGAUCGAAUGGGGAGCCGGUAGUUUAUCAUGGACACACACUGACAUCUAAGAUUCUCCUCAAAGAUGUGAUUACUACUAUAGCAAAUUAUGCCUUCAAGGCAUCUGAGUAUCCACUCAUUGUGUCCAUUGAAAACCACUGCAGCAUAGAGCAACAGGAAGUCAUGGCUCUAUAUUUCAGAGACAUUCUGGGUGAUAUGCUACUCACGAACACAGUAGAUGGAGUCUCCAGCGAACUGCCAUCCCCAGAGGCACUUAAGAGGAAAAUCUUGUUAAAAGGGAAGAAGAUUGAAAACGAGUCAGAGAACCCCACAGGUGAAGUCAGCGAUGAGGACGAGGCAGCAGAAAUAAAUAAGGACAGUCCGCCAACAAAUGGCAAGAAAUCGAAGCAAAAUCUAUGCAAGGAGCUCUCAGACCUAAUGUUCUGUAAGAGUGUACAUUUCCACAGCUUUGAGCAUUCCCGCACCUCUGCUAAGUCUAAUGAGAUGUCAUCGUUCUCUGAGUCUAAAGCCCAUAAAUAUUCAAAAGAAGCAGGUUCAGAUUUUGUGCUGCAUAACACCAGGCAGCUGACAAGAGUGUAUCCAAGUGGAAUGAGGACAGAUUCAUCAAAUUACUCUCCAGUAGACAUGUGGAACAUGGGAUGCCAGAUUGUGGCAUUAAACUUCCAGUCAGCAGGGAUGGAAAUGGAUCUUAAUGAUGGGUUGUUUACUCAGAAUGGCUGCAGUGGCUACAUCCUAAAACCUGAGAUCCUUUGCAAAAGAGAGAGACUCUUUGAUCCUGAAAAUCCUGAGGAACGUGAUGAUUACCACCCUCUACUGUUCUAUGUUAAGGUUAUUAGUGGACAACAGCUCCCUAAAGUAAAGCAAAAAGAAUGGUCCAUUGUAGACCCCCUGGUAAGGGUGGAAAUUUAUGGCGUUCCUUUGGAUCAAGCCAAACAGGAGACCAAAUACAUUGACAACAAUGGAUUCAACCCACACUGGAAUGAAACAUUGCAGUUCACAAUCCACACCCCUGAGCUGGCACUGGUGCAUUUUGUAGUUGAAGAUUAUGAUAAAGCAUCAAGGAAUGACUUCAUAGGGCAAUACACUAUACCUUUUACCAAUAUUCAACCAGGAUAUCGUCAUGUGCAUCUGUUGUCCAAAGACGGAACGAGUAUCCAUCCAUCCUCCAUCUAUGUUCAUAUCAAAAUCACAGAGCUGUAAUUAUACGUGUUCACAAUUCUAGUAGUUUUAUUUACAAUGCUUAAAUAUUUCUCAGACAAAUCUGUAGUUUGCUGUAAAAAGGUAAAGAAAACAUUUUAUCUUGUGCUUUGUUUAAAAUUCAAAUGCUGGCAAUCACAUGAACAAACCAAAACAUUAUUUAAUCACUAAUCCUUGCAUUAAAACAAAAAAGUAUAGCAACUAUGAUUAUUUUUUAAGAGUACCUC